AUGGCAAGUAACAGAUUUAGGUUUACUUUUGAAUUUGAAAUUCCUAAAGGUGUUAUUGAAUCAUUUCAUACACAAUUUGAAAAAGUACAAUAUAUUCUAAGAGCGACAAUUAAUCGUAAACUAAGAAGGAAGAAAAAUUCAAUUGAAGUUUUGGUUCCAUUAUCGAAUGAAGCUUUGAUGAAGUCAAUAUUAGCGUCUCAGAAACCUGAUCUACUACGUGUACUUACAGCAAUAUUUGAAGCAAAUACUAUGAUAAGGAUUCCUUCAAAUGGACAGUACCUCCUACCGGUAAAACAAAGUAUAUGUCAAUCAGAAAUUGGAUUCACUUUUGAAUUAUAG